AUGGUCGAAUCAAUGGAAACUUCCACAACCACACAUCAAAAUCCUUCAAAUAUAGAUAAUUCGAAAAUUCCCAUCAGUAUUCACGAAAAACCAUCCACAGAUACCGAAACACCAGAGCCCAAAAUCGAAUUCAAACCCACAACCGCUUUCAUCCUCGCUUUUUCCUCCAUAUGUCUCAUUACACUUGCCGCUGCCCUCGACGCUACAUCCCUUAGUAUCGCUCUUCCUAUCAUAACUUCCAAGCUUGGAGGAACAGCCAUCGAAGCCUUUUGGUCUGGAACGAGUUUCCUUCUCACAAGUGCAGUUUCUCAACCUGUUAUUGCGGGUUUAAGUCAUGUUUUCGGGAGAAAAGAAUUACUUCUCGGCUCGGCACUGUUUUUCGGUAUUGGAUCGAUUUUGGCGGCUGUUGCGGAUAGUUUUACCUUGAUGUUUGUAGAUAUUUGGUAUCUUGGGAGUGUUCAGGGAAUUGGAGGGGGAGGAAUUCUAUCUUUGGGCGAGAUUCUGGUUACGGAUUUGGUGCCGCUUACUGUGAGGGGUGCUUAUUUUGGUUAUAUGGGUAGUAUUUGGGCUUUUGGGAGUGUGGGAGGUCCAUUGAUGGGUGGUGCUUUUGCGGAAGAUGUCUCUUGGAGAUGGAUUUUCUGGAUUAAUCUCCCUAUCAUCGUAUCAGGCGCAAUAGCUAUCAUUCUUUUCCUCAAAAUUAGACGUACGCCCGGAAACCUAUUAGCAAAAGUUAAGAGGUUUGAUUGGUUUGGCUCUGUCAUCUUUAUCUCUUCGACAAUUUCUUUUUUAAUUCCUAUUACAUGGGGUGGUGUUAUGUACGCAUGGGAUUCAUGGCGAGUGCUUUUUCCUCUCUUCACAGGAGUCGCAGGACUCGUCGGAUUCUCAUUCUACGAAAAACGUCUCUCGGAUCGAGCAUUUGAUUCUGAAGGUGAUCUCUUAUCAUCUGAUAAUGUAGAACCUAUUAUUCGCUUCAGCAUUUUCAGUACAUGGUCGACGAUAUUUAUAUAUUUCGAAACUAUGGUUCAUGGAAUGGUUCUUUGGUCUUUAUUGUACUAUCUUCCUUUAUACUAUGAAGCUGUUCAGGGGUACACACCGAUCAUUUCGGGUGUAGCAGUUUUACCCGAGACUAGUUUCGUUGCUCCAAUGUCAGUAAUAGUCGGCGUGCUAGUAGCCAAAACUGGUCGAUAUCGCUGGGCCCUCUGGACAGGCUGGACCCUCGCAACCUUCGGAGCAGGUCUUCUCUAUCUCCUCAAACCCUCUACUUCAAUCGUCCAAUGGAUAUUCCUCAACGUUCCCAUCUCAAUCGGUACAGGUAUGUUAUUCCCCGCCAUGGCACUAGGAAACCAAGCGGCUUCCCGGCCUCAAGAUGCCGCUCACGCAGCUGCUUUCUAUGCUUUUGAUCGUGUAUUUGGUCAAGCUAUUGGUGUUGCUAUCGGGGGCGUAGUGUUCCAAAAUCGGAUUAGGGAAAAUCUUCUCUCUUAUCCGUUAUUGAAGGAUAUGGCUACGGAAUAUAGUAAAGAUGCUACGGCGUUGGUGAAAUUGAUCAAAGAUAUGGAGGAGGGAUUGGAAAAAAGUCAGUUGAAGGAGGCGUAUGCUGAUUCGUUGAAAAUGGUUUGGUUGGUUAUGUGUGCGUUGUGUGGAGCGGCUUUGGUGUCGAGUCUUUUUGUGAAGGGGUACUCGUUGGAGGUGGAACAUAAGUCGUUGCAGGGGUUGCAGGAGGAGGGAAAGAGGGGUGGUGUGGAGUCCGCGGAGAAGAAUUGA